GUGUGUGUGUGUGUGCGUGUGUGUGUGUGUGUCUGUGUGUGUGUGUGUGAGUGCGUGUGUGUGCUGGGACAGAGGCAGGGGAGGAGAGGGGAGGAGAUCUUCACUGUUCCUGCUCUAUCACAGAAGAGAAGCUGAACUUGGAUGACCCAGACUGGGACGAUAUUCACGUGGUCACUGGAGCCUUGAAACUCUUCUUUCGCGAACUACCGGACCCCUUGUUCCCAUUCUGCGCCUACGAGGAUUUUGUCACCUGCGUCAAGAUGACCGAUGCAGAAGAACGUCUCGAACGAGCCAAGGAAUUGGUGGAAAAACUUCCUCAAAGCAAUCAUGACACCAUAUGUGUUUUGUUCAGACAUUUUCAGAGGGUGGUGGAACACACGCAUGUGAACCGUAUGACGGUGCAAAGCCUGUCGAUCGUGUUCGGCCCAACUCUUCUACGGACUGAAGGAGAUCCGUUGGCCAUGCCUUACUUGACCGUCUACCAGAGCCAGGUGGUGGAAAUGGUCUUGAAUGACUGCGAUCUGCUCUUCACCGAGUGAAGAAGAUUUCUCUCUCCUCCCCUGUCCUCUCCUCCCUCUCCAACCUUCAAGGCCUACCAAGUGGUGAAGGUUUUUGUCAGAGAAGACUUUGACCUCCUCUUCAUGGAGUGAGAUGGCCUCUCCUCUCCUCAUUACUCCAUUGUCUUCCCUCUUCCCUCCUCUUCUCCUAAAAGCCAAGUGUUGUAGAUAGUUCCAGGGAGUGAGAUGGCUUUCCUCCUCUCCUCUCCUCUCCUCUCCUCUCCU